CUAAUACAGAUAUAUUAGGGCACCUAAAGUUGUCUCGCGGCUCACUGAUGCUCUCUUCUUUUUUUUCAGUCUUUGUUUCUGUUUGUGUUUCAUUUGGAUAGUUACUGGUAUGUAUUCAAGUUCACAAGGUUUUCUUCUGCAAUAUCUAAUCUGCUAUUAAUAAAGGCCCCACCCAGUAUAUAUUUGAUACUAGAUGUUAUAGUUUUCAUCUCUAGAAGCUGAUUUGGAUCUUUUAAAAAUAUAUGUCUUCCAUUCUCUUCUUAACAUGUUCAUUGUUUCCCAUAGCUUUUUGAACAUACGGAAUACAGUUAUAACAACUAUUUUAAAGUCCUCACUUACUAAUUCUAAAUACGUCAAUUCUGGAUUGGUUUAAUUGAUUGCCUUUUCUCCUCAUAUGGUUCAUAUUUUCCUGCUGCUUUACAUGUCUGAUGAUACCUGGUUGGAUGCCAAACAUUGUGACUUUUACUGUGGUGAAUUUACCGUGGUGUAUGCUAGAUAUUUUGUAUUCCCAUAAAUAGUCUUGUGCUUUGUUCUGGGAUGCAGUUCAGAAACUUGAGAACAGUUGGAUCAAGCCAUAUUUCAUCUAAGAGGAAUUAUUCCCCAUCACUAAGGCAAUGCUCUUCUGAGUAUUCUACUCAGUGUCCCAUGAAUGAUGAGAUUUUCAAAAUGGCUGAUGGGAACAGGCACUAUUUCUGGUCCUGUAUAGGUGCCAGACACUGUUUCCUGUAAUUUUGGGGUGAUUCUUUCCCUGCCUUGGGCAGUUUCUGCACAAACAUGCACUCCCUCUGUCCUCUGUUGAAUGUUUGAGCGGUCCCGCUCUGAAAGCCCAGGCUCUCUCUGGGCAGCUGUCUUCUCUCCAUACCCUGCCCUGUGGUCUCCAGCUGCCUCACUCUCCCAAGACUCUCAUUUCUGUUCUUCAACUUAGGGAGUCCAUUGAGUCCUGCCUGAGUUUCCUGCUCCGUGGCCUGGAAACUUUCUACUGGCAGUAAACUGGAGCACCUGUGUGGCUCACCUUGCUAAUUUCCCAUCUCUCAAAGCUCACUGUCCUUCAUUUGUCUGAUGUCUGGCAUCUUGAAAACCAUUUUCAUGUAUCUUACCUGGUUUUUCAGUUGUUUCAGCUGGGAGGGUAGACCUAGUCCCCAUUACUCCAUUUUGUCUGGAAGUGGAAUUUUCUUAAGCCUGUGUUUUUAACAUCUAUAUUUCUACCCUUCCUCCUUUUCUCCCAUUGUGGAAAAAGGAAUGUUAACACUUGAAUCUAAAUCUGGACCACUACCCCCACCUCCCAGCUACAGACCUCUGGUCCAGCCAGCACUUCUCCCUCUCCCUGUCUCCCAAAUGCUGCAAAAUGUGAGUGAUAUACGUACGUACUCUACAGGUCAAGUGGGCCUGGGGAACAAGUGAGGAAGCCAAAUCAUGCAUGGACCAGCCUAGCUCCUUUCCCGUCUGCCGUGGCCACUUGGAGUUCUUCCAGCUGCCCAUGAUGGGAGGAGCUUUCAUGGACUCACCCAAUGAGGACUUCAGCACUGAGUACUCCCUGUUUAAUUCCUCUGCCAAUGUCCACGCGGCCUCCAAUGGCCAGGGCCAGCCGGAAGAUCCUCCUCGAUCCUCCAACGACGCCGUCUUGCUAUGGAUUGCCAUCAUAGCCACGCUGGGGAACAUCGUGGUGGUAGGCGUGGUGUACGCCUUCACCUUCUGAGGAUGGCGCACUCUGCACCACCAUGGGGUGAGGCUUGGCAUAUGGCUCUGUCUUGCUGUUGGCUUUUAGCUGCUCCCAUGUUCUAGAACCAGGAGUUCUGACCAGGGGCAGCGGCCGUCCUUCUGGAAUUUCCCCUUGGCAGCCCUGAUUUCAAAUAUCCAACGUUGCGGUCAAACUGAGUCAGAAAACAUGGAAGUAUGGGCCUCCUGUUCCUAGAGGCAUGACAGGGCAAGGCCUUCAGAAGGCAGAUUGGGGAUUCUUGAAACUACAUUCCAAGAACAGGAGAGCAGAUGGAGCAGCUAGUUAGGUUUAAAACACAGACAUGGUUUGAUGGUCGCUUGCUGGUGGUAAAUAAUCA